CCGCCUGGCGCCGCGGCGCGCGCUCUCCACUUUCUAAAGAGUUGCGGCCGCUCGCGACCCCCAGCGUUCAGGAGGCGCCGGGCGGCGCUGGCAGCUCCGCGGUAAAAGGAUGCCACGAAGAAAGAAAAAAAUUAAAGAAGCCUCUGAAGGCCAGAACUUGGAGAAGAAGGAUCUGGAAACAAGCAGUUCUGUCAGUAUAAAGAAGAAGCGUAGACUUGAGGACUUACUCAUAGUGAUAUCUGAUAGUGAUGGAGAGGAAACAAAAGAGGAGAAUGGAUUGCAGAAAACAAAGACAAAACAGUCGAACAGAUCAAAGUGUUUGGCUAAAAGAAAAGUUGCACAGAUGUCAGAAGAAGAACAAUUUGCUUUGGCUCUCAAGAUGAGUGAGCAGGAAGCUAGGGAGGUGAACAACCAGGAGGAAAAAGAAGAGGAGCUCUUGAGGAAAGCCAUUGCAGAAAGCCUGAAUAGUUGCUGGUCUUCUGCUGCUUCUGCUACCAGAUCUCGACCUCUGGCUACUGGACCAUCUUCACAUUCCCAUCAAGAGAACACCAAAGAUUCUGGGACCACUGAAGGCGUAUGGCAGCUGGUACCUCCAUCACUGUGUAAAGGCUCACAUGUCAGUCAGGGAAACGAGGCUGAGCAAAGAAAGGAGCCCUGGGACCACAAUGAAAACACUGAAGAGGAGCCGGUCUCUGGCAGCUCAGGAAGCUGGGACCAGUUUGAGAAUGAGAACGUUAAAUGUUUUGACAGAUGUACUGGCCACUUGGCUGAGCACACACAGUGUGGGAAGCCACAGGAAAGUACUGGGAGUGGUUAUGCUUUUCCCGAAGCUGUCCAGGGUAGGGGGGACACAUCUAGGCAAUGCCUUCCUAUCCCAGCAGACACAAAAGGCCUCCAGGACACUGGGGACACUGUGCACUACUACUGGGGUAUUCCAUUCUGCCCUGCUGGAGUAGAUCCCAAUCAAUACACCAAUGUCAUUCUCUGCCAGUUGGAGGUUUAUCAGAAGAGCCUGAAAAUGGCUCAGAGACAGCUUGUUAAAAAAAGAGGGUUUGGGGAACCAGUGUUACCUAGACCUCCUUUUCUGAUCCAGAAUGAAUGUGGCCAAGAAGAUCAGACUAGUGACAAAAAGGAAGGCAUCUCAGAAGCUAUGGGAGAUGAAGCCGCAGAGGAAGGGCAGGAGUCCAGGGCAUCUGUCUGGCACUCAGAGCCCAAGGGUUUUCAAAAAAGCCCAGUUAAAAGCUUGAAACAGAAACUUUUGUUGGAGGAAGAACCAACAACCAGUCGUGCUCAGUCUUCCCAAGGUCUGUUUGUUGAAGAAACUUCUGAAGAAGGUGUGAAGAGUUCUGAAGGAGACAACUCUGUGCCCGCCUUGCAAAGCAUUGCAGCUUUGACCAGUAAGAGAAGUUUAGUUCUUAUGCCGGAAAGUUCUGCAGAAGAAAUCACUGUUUGCCCUGAGACACAGUUAAGUUUCCUUGAGCCCCUUGACCUCAAAAGAGAAGACUCUCCAGAUAGCAGCGAGCUCCCCAUUGAAGUAAGGAUGGCAGUGAGUGAUAAGCAGGUUGCUAAUAGGGAAGAUUGUGCGAAGGAAAACUCUCCUCCUGCAGUCUCAUCUAGUACCCGGGUAUCCUGCCCACUGUGUAACCAAGACUUUCCUCCCACAAAGAUUGAGCAGCAUGCCAUGUACUGCAAUGGUCUGAUGGAGCAGGAAACAGUGUUGACUCGGAGACAAAGAGAGGCCAAGGAAAAGAGUGACAGCAGGACAGCUGCACAGCCGGCUCUGGACACCAACAGGAGGGAGAAGUGCUAUCUAUGUAAGUCCCUGGUUCCACUCGGGGAGUACCAGUGCCAUGUGGACACCUGUCUCCAGCUUGCAAAGGUUGAUAGAGAAGAUGGGACUGAAGGGAUGAGGAGACCAAGGGUGUGCGCGCCUGUGGAGGGGAAGCAACAGCAGCGGCUGAAGAAGUCAAAGGACAAAGACCAUAGUCAAGGCCGACUCCUCAGUCUCUUGGAGCAGUCUGAGCAUAGGACCACAGGUGUAGAGAAAAAACCCAAGUCUUCAGAAGUAAGAACCUUCAGGACGCCCUCACCAGAGGUGGAAGAGGCUAGCUGCAGCAGAGAGAUGCCGAGUUCCCUCUCACAGCUCAACUUAAAUGAGUCUCCCAUCAAGUCUUUUGUUCCUGUUUCCGAAGCUACAAAUUGCUUAGUGGACUUUAAAGACCAGUUUGCUUUCCGGUCACGAACCAAAUCAGGCAGAGGAAGGAGGAGAAAAUCUUGAAUUCCUUGAGACUGGAGGGUGACCAGAACACGUAUUGUUGGGUUGGUCGUGUUCAUUAAUUAGUGGUCUUUAGUUUGUUGUGAGAGUUCUGACCCUGUUGUUAUCACCGCCAGCACCCAUUCGCCAUCCUGGUUUUAUAUUUUAUAAGAUCUGUUCAGACAACUGUGAAUAUUAUUCUGUUUGAAUUUGCUUAUAGUUAAAAUUUAAAUAUAUUUAUCUUUGUAUGAAAUCUUA